CACUGCAGCGGUUCGUACGUAGGGGAAUCCCUGACACUGUGCAAAACACUUGUGGCAUAUUAAAGGAGAUACGGGCGUGUCCUUAUUUCAAAGUGGUUUUAGCCUUUGUUUAGUGCAGUUGUGAAAAAUUCACCAAAAAUGUAUUCCGAAGUUAUUAAGUAUUCGCCUAUUACAUGGGACAGAAAUCAAUCAGUAACUAGAAUGGAUUACGAUUUAACGGCUUAUAAAAAUGAAGAGUACAAGCAAAUUGCUUAUGAAGCAAAUGUGGCCAUGGAUACUGAGCACAGUAAUUUGAAAGUGGUGAGGGUCCAAAAUAUUCACGAUCUGGGUCAGUUUUUGAUCAAACAGCAGAAAUUGUUGGUUGAAAGUCCUGGACAAACAUUUUAUCAAGGUAGACGUUAUGUAGUUAUUUCACAGAACUGUUUAAGUGAAGCUCUCGAGUACAACUUGGAUCAUAGACGAUGUAGAUUAUCCCAACUAGAGUUUAAGAAAUCAGUACCACAAAUAAACCAAAAUAAUGUUUUGGUUGUUGUUCAAGUAAUUUUGAAGACCCAAAAUCAAGAUUACAUUGGACCAGAGUAUAGUGAUGAGUACUAUAUUGAAUAUUUCAUAACCCUUUAAAUUAAAGCUUUAAUCUUUGUUGUUUAACUUAUGUUUAAAUUUGUAAUUAAUUGAAUCAAAUCUUUUUAUAAUAUAAUAUAAUAUA